GAAGGCGGGACGGGCCGGGCCGGGCCGGGCCCGCGCUCCCCGGCCGCCCAAAGCGAGCCGCGAGCCGCGGCCUGGUCCGCACGUGGGGCCUGGUCCCCUCCGGCAGGCCCGGGCCGCUUCCGCUGCCGCCCGCGCCUGUGCCGGGCGGGCCGGCCACCAGCGGCGGGGACGGCCCCUCGGGGGCAGAGCCGAGCCGCUGCCCGCCAUGCCGCCGCCGGAGCCGGAGCCGGGGCCGGAGGCAGUGCCCGAGGCGGUGCUGGAGCAGUGGCGGCAGUACAACGAGACCGAGCGGCAGUGGGGGCUGCGCCGCCGCUUCAUCCUCCGCCACCUGCGCGGCUACCCCGGCGCCGCCAUCGACCAGCUCCUCUCGCUCUCCGUCCUCUGGACCAACCACAUCUUCAUGGGCUGCAGAUAUGGCUUGCAGGUCAUGGAGAAGGUUCUCAAGAUGGCUGAAGGCAUCGAUAUUGGGGAAAUGAGGUCGUAUGAGUUGGUCCCUGGCAGGAAGCACAAGAGAUUCCGCUCUCCAUCUGACAGUCCAGAGCCAGAGCAGAUGUCUGAGCCGCCCAAAAAGAUGGCCCCCAGGUUCCGGGUACGACCACGUUUUGAACCCAUACACUUUGUCACCAGUGCUGAGAAGGGUGACAAGAAGGAGGAUUCUCUGGAUAACCAAAUGCAGGAGGUGAACCAGGAGGCAAACACAAACAGCAUAACGCAGCCAGCUGAAAAUUGCACCAAUUCUCUUGUGAGUGCGCAGGAAGCGGAUCCCCAGCUCUCCAGCUCAGCUGGGCUUGGCUUUGCAAGCCAGGCAGCAGCAGCCAAGAAGGCUGUGAAUAGCAUGGACUCUACCACAAGCAGCGUGAUGCAGGUUUCUGUUUCUCCUUCAACUGCCCAGUCUGCAUCAGAGACUUUCCCUCCAUCAGCUCUAAUGCUGAAGCAGAGUUUUAUUGAGAAACUGUCAGCAGCUGUCUGGAAAAACCUUGCUAACCCAGAUGCAAACACUGGGACUGAAAAAAUUAACUUUACUUAUCUUUUGACACGUUCAAUUCAGGCUUGCAAGACAAAUCCUGAGUAUAUUUAUGUUCCUCUAAAAGAGAUUGCCCCUGCUGACCUCCCCAAGAACAAGAAGCUCCUAACAGAUGGCUUCGCUUGCGAAGUGCGGUGCCAAAACAUCUACCUGGCCACCGGUUACGCCGGCAGCAAGAACGGAUCCAGGGAUCGAGCUGCAGAGCAGGCAGUGAAGCUGCUGAAGAAGUCUGUGGAAGUGAGAGUUGUUCAGCGGAAGUUCAAGCACACCUAUCACGAAGACUUGGUGGUGUGUGAGGCAGGCCUGAGUCGCCCAGAUUUCCCUCCUGCUCUCAAACCCCAUGAGGAGUUUGUAGUUGCCAACAGGGACUGUGUCCCAGUGCAGCCUGGUUCUGAAGCUGUGAAAGGUCCCAAUAACACCAACAAACACUGGACUAGUUUUGUCCUCACAGAGAAUGCCAGCGAUGCAAUAGGAAUACUUAACAAUUCUGCCUCAUAUAACAAAAUGUCUGUUGAAUAUAAAUAUGAAUUAAUGCCCAACCGCUUGUGGCGUUGUCAGGUGUAUCUACAAGAUCACUGCCUGGCCGAGGGGUUUGGCACCAAAAAGACCAGCAAGCACGCAGCAGCUGAGGAGGCCUUGAAAAUUCUGCAGAAGAUGCAGACAAAUCUAGCAGCCAUCAAAGUGACCCAGGUUCAGAAAGUCGGCUGCUCGUCACGGGCCUCCGGAAGGAAGAAGGACCUGAAGGACCUGGUGAUUUAUGAGAACUCCAGCAAUCCCGUGUGCACCCUGAAUGACACCGCCCAGUUCAACAAGAUGACGGUGGAGUACGUCUUCGAAAGGAUGACGGGCACGCGGUGGAAAUGCAAGGUGAUGCUGGAAGAUGAAUUUAUUGCAGAAGCAGUUGGAGUGAAGAAAUCUGUCAAGCAUGAGGCAGCAGAGGAAGCUGUGAAAAUACUCAAAAAGACUCAGCCAACUGUUGUUAAUAACCUGAAGAAAGGAGCCGUUGAGGACGUCAUCUCCAGAAAUGAGAUUCGGGGUCGAUCAGCAGCAGAGGCUUUCAAACAGAAGAUCAAAGAAGAUAACAUUGGGAAUCAAAUUUUAAGAAAGAUGGGCUGGACAGGUGGUGGCCUAGGGAAAGCUGGUGAAGGAAUCAGAGAGCCCAUUUCAGUGAAGGAGCAAUUUAAAAGGGAAGGACUUGGGCUUGAUGUAGAAAGGGUGAACAAAAUUGCUAAGAGAGAUAUUGAAGAGAUCAUUCGAAACUAUGCACGCUCAGAAAGCCACAUUGACUUGACUUUCUCUAGAGAACUGAACACGGAUGAGCGGAAGCAGAUACAUCAGAUUGCCCAAAAAUAUGGUCUUAAAAGUAAAUCUCAUGGGCAGGGCCACAACAGAUACUUGGUGGUGAGCAGGAAGCGGCGCAAGGAAGAUCUUUUGGACCAGCUGAAGCAAGAAGGCCAGGUUGGGCAUUAUGAGCUCAUUAUGCCUCAGGCAAACUGAGGUGAGGUGUCCCAUUUUACCAGAGACUGAGCUUCCUAGGUAUUCAAUUAAGGAAAGAGAUGCUGCAUUUCUCUUGUCGGUUAUAUUAACGUUAAAGUCUUUUACUUCGUUAAUAUAAUUUCUAAAAUGUUAGACAUUUAGAACUGACCGAGUUCUAUUCAUGUAUAUUAGCACAACUCAAAAAGCAGUAGUGCUGUUACUGUAUGUGUCUUUGAUAUUACUUCUUCCUUCACAUUUUAAUAGUUUUGUAAUAACAAAAACACAUGUCCAACAAGAAUGAAUUCGACAUCAUGUACAAUUAUAAUUCCCUUAUUCUUCUUGAUCAAGGAAGGAAAAAAAAAAUGCCUUUUUUUUUUUUUUUU